GGAAAGGUGCACAGAGGAAGCAGGGAAGUGGGCAGACUGGAUCGCUGGUUUCUCCCUGCGUCCCUCCCCAGGCUCCUCCUCCGGUCCCUCUGUCCCCCUCCCGCGCUCUCCCGGCCUGUGCGCGCUGGGAAGCCCCAGGCCGGAGCAUGGAGAGGGGCGCAGGCCUGCCGCAGCACAUCAUGGCCCAGGUGCGCGUCCAAGCCCCGGGGGCCGCGGCCAGCCGGGAGGAUCCGUGCCGGGAAGGCUCGCGGAGGCAGCAAGCGGCUGCCGCCGGGGACAGGCUGGCCGGAGGGCGGCUGCUGGACAGCCGCAGCUUGGAUGGGAUCAGCCAGGCGUACGGGGCCAGCCGGGCGCAGGAGGGGCGCCGCGCCACCAUCUCCAGCGCCCUGGAGCUGGAAGGGACGGUCAGCCACGACGGGGACCUCACCCACUUCGUGGCCAACAACCUGCAGCUGAAAAUCAAGCUGAGCUCCCGGGGCAGCCUGGAGGAGCCGGAGCCCCCGGGCCAGCCCUUCCCAGGGCUGGGGCGGAGCAAAGCGGCCGACAUCCCCCCCAUUGACCCCGCGGUGCUGACGGAGCUGGAGCGCCUGACCCAAGAGGUGGCCCACAAGGUGGACCAGAUGAUGAGGAGCUUGAACGGCAGCAUCCAGAACAUGACGGCCCUGAGCGUGGGCUACAUCCAGACCUACCGGGACGCCGUGGACAGCUUGGGCGAGUCCGUAGACAUGAGUAUCAAAGGGAUGUACACCCUGAUGGCCCGCUGCGAGGAGCUGGACCGCUCCAUGCAGCCGGUCCACGCCCUGGCCAAACAGAUCCGGGAGAUCAAAAGGACCCUGGAGAUAUUGGAGUCACUGUGCAAGUAGGGCCGGUGGAAAACAUUUCGCAGCUGCUUUGUUACUAUCGGGGGAGGGGGACCGCUGUGCUGGUUGCAAACUCCAAAAGGGAACAUGUAAUGUGUGUGGUUGUGUGUUUCUUUCAUGUCUUGUGCUGCCAUAAGCCUGUUACACUAAAAGCAGACACUGCUUUGCCGAGGAUGUGUCUGAAAGGGGCUAAUGUCCCCUGACCAAUUACUUGAAAAUUUCCCACCCUCCCUGUUCGUUAGAGGGGAUGAUGCAUGCUCAGGAUUUCAAAGGACCCUAAGGGAAUGAUGCUCUCAAAUUCAGUAGGAACCCAACUUCAGUGGGAGUUGGGCUGCUUUCAAAAUCCCAGCUGGGAAGAAUUGUCAGCUGGACAAGGAAUAGUGAACUGGAUUCCCUCAUCUGUGUAUUUCACCUUUCCCUGUAAAAUAAGAAUAUUUAUACUUAAUAAAACCACUCUGCAAUUUGCCAAACAACUUAAAAUGUGUCCAUAGGAAAGAACUUCUGCUAUUGAGGCUUCCCGGUGUUAUUUUCAAAAGAGCCCAGCAUUGCUCUUGCCUUGCUCCCUUUGAAGUCAAGGGGAGGUUUACCUCCCAUUUCAAUGGGUGAAGAACAAGGCCCGCCCUGAGUGGUUUUGAAAUUCCCAUGCUCUCCAUAUUCAGCAGCUGAGGAGUUUGCCCUACAAGUGGAUGUGCAGGAUGCCGGCUCAGAAGCAGAUUCUGAAUCCUCUCUCAAAACCUCUGAUGACUCUCACAUUCGCUUCCACAUUUAGCAGCCUAACCUGUGACCUAUAUUAAAUAUGGAAGAAAUGACAGCUGUGUACAUAUGCUCUGUGGACCUUAUACCCUUCAACUGGUUAAUUUCUUUGUUUUAGUACAGCAGGGCUGCAUGUAUUUAAUAUUUGGCAUGUGGUAUGGAAGUGCUCCUUUCAGUGUAUCUGGGGAACAGAAAGAAUUAGCUAUAGAGCCCCAAGGCCUUCCUCAGUUCCAGAGAGGACCAGGCUAUGCUGUAUGGGGGGGAACUUAAUAAAGACAGGAACUUCCUGCUCUCAGCUGUU